AUGGCACAUAUCAUAGAGAAGGAAAUGAGCAAACUAAGGGCAGUUCAGGCAGCUGCUAGGGGAUCAGGUUUAGCUCGGGGGCAAGGCAAUGACAGGAAAAGGAAGGGAACACCAGGGUUUUCUGGUAAUGUAGCCGACAUUCCUCCCUGCAUAACUUGUGAAAAGAGACAUCGAGGGUCUACACAUUCAUUUGUUGCACCUAAGAUUGUGUGCCACAUUCCAUUCUCUAGUAUGUUGUUGCCUUAUUAUUUGGUUGUGUCUACACCCGGAGGAGUCGAGUUACUGGGGAGUGAAAUCUAUAGGGACUAUAAGAUCAUGUUGCAUGAUAAGGAGUUGCCCGGGGAUUUGAUAAUCUUAGACAUACAUGAUUUUGAUCUUAUUUUGGGCAUGGACUGGUUAUCCCGACAUUAUGCCAAAGUGGAUUGUAGAUUGAUGAAGGCUGAAAAAUUGAUGCGACAUGGAUGUGGAGUGUAUUUAUUUUUUAUGACCACGAGUAAGGAGAACAAUACAGAACUGUCAAACAUUCCAGUAGUCCGUGAGUUUCCUGAUGUAUUCCCUGAUGAGUUGAUAGGGUUGCCGCCACUGAGGGAGGUAGAGUUUUCCAUAGAGUUAAUGUCAGGAACCCAGCCAGUUUCCAAGGCACCUUACAGAGUGGCCCCGAAUGAAUUGAAAGAAUUAAAAGUGCAGCUUGAGGAGUUGAUUGAGAAAGGGUUCGUCCACCCGAGUGCUUCACCUUAG